AUGGAAAACAAAGAAGGAGGUUAUAAACUUUUUAAAUCAUUAGAGAAUAGUAAAAUAGAUUUAGAACCCGAUUCACCCGAAUACCAAGAGCAAUUACAAAAUGUCUUUUCCAUCAUUUCCGAAGCUCACGCUAGUGGAAAAGCCUUUGAAGUUGACAAUGGCAGAUUUGAUGGCGACGCAGAGGCUGGAAAAGCAGCUUUCCAAACAAUUGCUAAUUCUCUUUCUGCUACUGACAAGGAAAACUUUCAUUUUUGGCCGCAAAUGACAGAAGCAGAAAAAGCCGAAGAAGAACGUAAAAACAAAGAAAGAAUUAACCGAAUUGGUGAAGACCCUAUUCUUCAAAGCAAAAGAAUUCACGCCGUUAAUGAAAUUACCCAUGCCCUCAACCAAAAACCCAAACUUAUUAAUAGUAGUUUAUCACCAGAAAACCAAGACUGA